CUCCCAACUCGACCGAGUAGAGAGCGUUUGCCACUUUGUGAACGAUCGUCGCGUUACCACUCCAAUCCCAAAAAGGGCUUCUAACCUUUAUUCCCCUUUUUACAAAUAAUAACCUUAAAAUCAGUGGUGUUUGUUAAACCCAACGUAUCGUACCGAAGAAAUCGUCGAGUUUGAUUGACUCAAUAAAUAAUCCCCCCCGUGCAGUGAAUAAAUCGUGUUUAGUUAAACAUUUUGUUUUCUCUUUUUUUUUUAUUCUAGCGAUCGUCAUUUUAAUUGGCCCGUCCACUGGCUAUUGGACACGAGUGGAUCAUGUACUGUACAGUGUGUGUAGUUAAGUGAAUUAACAGAUCAGAUGAUUGUAAAAAUAUCUUGUGACAAUCCUGUGAACACGUAGAAUAAUCACCGAUUGUAUUAUUCGAUAGGGUAAUUUUGCAUGUGGAUGGAGUUAGUGAUUGGUAUGCUUAUGAAUUGAUAGGAAAGUGUUGACGACAAGUGUUGGUAUAAUAAUAAAUUGUUGGUAAUCCAUGGAUCACGGAGCAAUGGACAGUUCCUCGGAUCACAGUUCACGUGCUAGUCCAGUAACUGGUAGUCCAAAGCAUCCCCACAGCCCGUCGGGACAGCACAGUGUUAAUCAGCAUCACAGCCAUCAGCAACCACCGUCGCACCAAACCCAUCCCCGUGAUCAAUUGCGUGAACACCAGUUGCAGCAGAGAUCAGUACCAACACCAGGAUCACCAACUCGUGGCUCACCACCACAAGUACUACCCCUAAGUCCACCACCAUUGUCAGGUGGUGCACCAGGUGGUAUACCAGGUAUGGUACCGAGAAUGCCGGGUUUACCACCACCGGAGUUACGAUUACUUGGACAAUUGGGUGGUAUGCUGUCUGGACAUCAUGGUGGACCACUUGAUCUCAUGGCAGCCCAUCACGGUAUGCCACCGCGUUCGUACAAUUCACCACCACCAAUCAGCUCCAGUGAUCCAACAGCCAAUGAGUGCAAACUUGUUGAUUAUCGUGGACAAAAAGUUGCUGCAUUCAUCAUUGCUGGUGAUACGAUGCUGUGUUUGCCUCAGGCAUUUGAGUUAUUUCUCAAGCAUCUUGUUGGUGGAUUACACACGGUUUACACUAAACUCAAGAGACUCGACAUUGUACCACUUGUUUGCAAUGUCGAGCAGGUUAGAAUUUUGAGGGGUCUUGGAGCUAUACAACCUGGAGUUAAUCGUUGCAAGUUACUCAGCUGCAAGGACUUUGAUGUCCUCUACAGAGACUGCACUACAGCCAGCUCCAGGCCAGGACGACCGCCAAAACGAGCAUCAGUUGGACUGAGUCUAGCAGCAAGUCACUUGGCAGCAGCAGCUGGCCAUCAUCCCCAUCCACUCAAGAAACAUCGAUUGGAUAACGGUGAUUACUACGAAAAUGGCCACUUAGAUGUUUCGAGGAUGGAAAAAUCCCCCCUCCUUGCCAAUGGGUAUAAUCAACCACCCACUCACCUGAGUCACAUGCAGUACAUGCAGAUGGGAGGACAUCCGGGCGCAGGACACACGGCGAUCCUCUCGCCUGCAAAUCUUCCCCAUCAUCUACAGGCACAGGUGCAGGCUCGGGUAGAGCAAGGGCUCAAGGUCAACCCUAAUAUGGCCAACAUGGAGGCACUUGCGAGGUCGGGAGUCUGGGAAAACUGCAGAGCUGCCUACGAGGACAUAGUGAAGCACCUUGAAAGGCUCAGAGAGGAGAGGGGAGAUCCUGAGAGAGCACUGGCGCUGGACCACAAACCGAGGGACCUGAGCUCGCACAAUGGUUCCUCGAAUGGUCACAGUCCUGUUUUGAAUUUGUCAAAAACCGCGGGAAGUGGAAGUGUUGGAGAACAAUCUGGCAGUGAGGGUGCGGCGUCGCAUCGUUCACAGGACGACGAGGAAGAGGACGACAACCUGUCGGACGACCUCGAGGACGAGAACGAAAAGGACGAAGAUCUGUCGGAUGUACCCGAGAAUCUUCCAUUGCCAGCGCCUGGUUCUGAGAGCCCUCAGGCACUGAAUUAUUCACAGAUUGCCUCAGCAGCGGUUGCAGUAUCACAGGGUGGACAGGAUCCAUCAGUAUCGAGUACUGAAACAUUACUGAGGAAUAUUCAGGGCCUACUCAAAGUUGCUGCUGAUAAUGCACGACAACAGGAGCGGCAGAUAAACUACGAGAAAGCUGAACUGAAGAUGGACGUCCUCCGAGAACGAGAAGUAAAGGACAGCCUGGAGCGACAGCUACAGGACGAGCAAAAGACAAGAGUUUUGUACCAAAAACGACUGAAGAAGGAGCGACGGGCGCGGAAACGUCUUCAGGAACAGCUCGAUUUGGAGACCAAGAGACGUACGCAGUUGGAGGAGGCACUCAAAGCGACGGGUGCAUCGUCUGAACAAGUUAGAGCGAUAGCUGAGAACGUAACAACGGAGACACGUACAAAGUCAGAGCCAGUGGACGAAAUUCCCGCUCACUCUCAGUCCCAAACGUCACAACAAUCAUCCCAGCAACAAUCAUCUCAACAGUCCCAUCAACCGCCACAGUCCCAACAACAGGCCCAACAAUACCGAGAAUCCCAGGUGCCCCGUCCACCACAACAACCAACAACGCCCGACGCGAUAAAACCCGGCUGGGGCUAUGGCCUGGAUCUCAUCGGUGGUCAGGCUUCCGCCUUCUGGCAAAAUUACCAAGAAUCCCUCGCCCAGGAGCUCGAGCAGGAGAGGAAGUCGCGGCAGCACCAGGCAGCCGAGAGGGAUCAGGUCAAAUCACCCCUUCAAGAAUCACGAACGGGUUAUUACAAGAACUCAGUCCUCUUUACGAGUGCAACCUAGAAAAGGCGUUCGGAGGACACGCGGCCCUUUGGUCUGACGUAAGCCAGAAAAAUCAUCAAAAAUAUUGGAAGCCUCACGGAUUUGCAGAGGACAAUGCAAUUGCAAUCUGCAAUAAAUACUUGAGCAACAAACAACGUACGUCCAGGGAAAAAAAAGCGUGAAACGCACCUGUGACCGUCUAGUUUCAUACAAAAAAAUAAAUUGAGUGAAUUAAACGAGAAAAUACACCACUGAUGAGUGGAUAUAUCGUUGGCAUUUCGAUUUAUCAUUUAUGUCGAGGUAACAUAUCAACGGCGCCAUUUUCCUCGCACUCACCGCCAUCUUGUUCACCAGAAAUAAAUAGUCCAAAGUGACGGGAAUCUGGUGGAGUGCGAGGGAAUUCGCGCUGUUUGAGAGAACGAGGGGAAAAUUGUCGAAGUAAAUGAGAAAUUAAAAAAGAGAUAUAUAAUUUAUAAAGACUGCUUGAGAGUGCUUGCGCGAGUGCAUGCGUUCCUAUAGGAAUUAACGUAUAAAUAAUUAAACCUGUAUCAAUGCGAGUAGAUAAUUUUCAAGUCCAAAAACUCCAAUCAAUCCUUGUUCCUCCAAAAAUUAACAACUUCGUGACAAAUGUGGUCCUCUUUAAUUUCACAAGUCAAAAAAAUCAUUCGAAAUCAGAACAAUCGUGUGACGAGUGUGAAAAAUCGACUGAAUUAAUGAGCAAACGAACGAAACUCUCACUGUGAUUUUUUUUUUCCCAUUAAAGCAGUGCACGAAAAUUGUGAAUGAACAAUCGACGAUUACGAUACGAUUAUGGAAUUAUUUUUUGUGAUAUAUGGGAGAAUUAUUUUGUAUUUUAUCAUUGGAAUUCAGAUUUUAGAUUUCGGUGAAAUUCAAUCAGUCAGUGAAUAAUUAUCGUCGGUAAAACUAAAAAGUGGGGAUGAACUCUGAGAGAACAGGAAUAGUCCCAGUACCCGCUGUAUCAUACGUAGUGAAAAAAAAAAAUGAGAACCCUGUAGCCUCUUGACUCUAACAACCUCUAUUUAUAUAAAUAAACUUAGCUAUUACCGAAAACAAUUGAAUUUAAUCCAAUAUGCGUGUAUCCCGCGUUCCACAAUACGCACGAUUAAAGAGAAAUACUUUUUUUUUCUUUCGGUGAGACCUUAAUUAGAGAUGAAUUGAUUGGUUGUAAGACUGAUGGGGGAGAUUAAACGUGAAAAAUUAAAUGUGAAAAUUAAUUUAAGUAGGGGGUAAUGGAAAAGUCUUUCCCUUUUGGACGUGACGUAUUUAAUGAUUCAUGUACAAAGUCUUUUACCGUUAAGAUCCUUGUGUUGUAAAGUUCACGUAACCGUAGACACUAGGUAGAAGAACUAAGUCUAAAGGAGUUCAAUGUAGAGCCGAGAGAAUAAAUAAAGGAAAUGAAAAACACAAGUGUUUAACCACCGAUUUAAUGAGAUGAAAAUUUGUAUCUUUUAUCAGCGUGAGAGAGAAUUUUUCCACUGUCAAUGGCAAUUUUUAGUCUCAUGUUUGAAGGAGUUGCAGUCAAUUUGAUUGAGUGAUUUCAUUAUGUUUUUCAUGUGUCUAGGUGAGAUAUUUAUCGGGGUGAUUCUAUGCCAUUGAUACAAUCGGAAUUAUAACAAUCUACAAUAUCGAGGCUAGAAGUGUAUUCAUGUAA